AUUGAUUAAAAAGUCAGGCGCGCUUCGAAUGCCAUAUGAAUGCCGAGAAGGAAGAUGUAAAGAAGUACAGGGUCGAGAGGGAAGAUCCGAGAGGGAAGAUGUAAAGAGGAAAAGGUCGAGAGAGAAGAAUCGAGAGGAAAGAUGCAAGGAGGAAAAGGUCGAGAGGGAAGAAUCGAGAGGGAAAAUGCAAGGAGGAAAGGGUCGAGAGGGAAGAAUCGAGAGGAAAGAUGCAAAGAGGAAAGGGUCGAGAGGGAAGAAUCGAGAGGGAAGAUAUAAAGAGGAAAGAGUCGAGAGGGAAGAUCCGAGAGGGAAGAUGUAAAGAGGGAAGGUCGAGAGAGAAGAAUCGAGAGGUAAGAUGGAGAAGGGCAAUUUAAGGGAAAACCGCAGCCGCGU